GCUGUGGGUUUGUUUUUGUUGAGUUGAGACUUUAAAAGUUUGUUGAGGAUCGUAGCCUUUGGCUGCCGGUCUCCUGGUAGCAAAAGUAAGCACCAAAGUUGUAAAAUACUUUUAAAGUCACAAAAUAGACGAAUAAAACAAAUUUCAUUUAUUUUGUGGUUAAGCUGUAAAUAAGUUCCUUGAAGUUCAAAUUUCUCCUGUUUUAUGUGAUAUAAACGUACAGUAAUUGUAGUACGUAUGUAAAUUAUAAAUUUUUUUUUCAACUAUGUAUCUUUGUCUUCUUAGUACAUGUACUGAACUUCCAUGAUAAAUUAUUAGUUUCAAUAGUAUUUUUUACGAGUUGAUUAUGACAUCCGUGAAUUUACACUGCCACAACUGCUGGUGAGAUGAAUACGUCGUCAGUAGAUAAUGAUUUGGAUCUGAAUAUUUUUGACCCAUAUACACAAGCCGCAUUGAUCAAAGGAGGUUUUCUUUUAUCCACAAAUAUUUUAAAAUAUACUGAGGCAGAAUUUAGAAAAAAAGUUGAUUUGACAGUUGAAGCCACUCGCCGUGUAUUUAUUGCAGCAGCCAACAUAAGCGCAUCAAAUGUCAAAUGUCAUCAGGAGCCAAUUAAUCAAGUUCUUACUACAGGCUGUAAACAGAUUGAUAAACUUUUGGGAGGAGGACUAUUCAAAUGUGGUAUUACAGAAAUUUCCGGUGAAAGUGGCUGUGGAAAAACACAAUUUUGUUUGCAGAUUGCACUUACUGUUCAACUACCAUUACCACUCAAAGGAGCAAAGUCUGGAGCUGCAUACAUUUGUACUGAAGACCGAUUUCCUUCUAGUCGAAUACAACAGAUGAUUUCUAAUAUUCGUUUUAAGUAUAAGUGUGAUAAUAAAAUUGAUAUGAAUGAAUUAUAUCAAAUAGAUUAUGGAGACAAUAUUCUAAUUAGUCACAUAGCAACUGUGGAAGAUUUAAAAAAAUGUAUCCAUGAAAUGCUCCCCAAAGCAUUGUUACAUAGACCUAUAAAACUCAUUAUUAUUGAUAGUAUAACAGCUGUGUUCCGUGGAGAAUAUACGUUAAGUGAGUUACCUCGUAGAUCUAGAGACCUAAGAGAUAUAGCGUUUUUUCUACAUAAGCUAUCUGUUGAACAUGGACUGUGGAUCAUAUGUGUUAAUCAGGUAACAUCAUCAAUGUCAGAUAAUGGUGGAAAGAAAUUAGUUCCAUCUUUAGGACUUUCGUGGGCGAAUUUAGUGACUACUAGACUUAUGAUGUCCAAAACACAAUCUUCUAGAUAUAUAGAAGUGAUGUUCAGCCCACAUACGGCUUCAACAAAGGUUCCUUUUAAAGUAACUGAACAAGGGAUUGAAUCUAACUAAAAUGCAUUGUUUAUUCAACAAAAGUAAUUAUAUUUUGAAUUAUUUUCUUAUGAUCAGUCAUGAUGUAUUUUUUUUUUCAUGAUAUAUAUAUAUACCAAUUUUACAAAAUAUAUUUUUAUAAAAAUAA